GUGGUAUCAUGAUAAUCUUACCCGACAUGCAGCAGAAGCGCUGCUGCUUUCCAAUGGGCAGGAUGGAAGCUAUCUCUUGAGGAAGAGUAAUGAAAGGGAAGAUUUGUAUUCCCUCUCUGUAAGGGGAAAAGAUUCUGUCAAACACUUCCUUGUUGAACAUACAGGAACUUCGUUCAAAUUUGGAUUUAAUGAAUUUUCUAGCUUGAAGGAAUUAGUCAUGCAUUUUGCAAAUCAGCCUUUAAUUGGAAGUGAAACAGGAACCUUAAUUGUAUUGAAGCAUCCCUACCCACGAGAAGUGGAAGAACCUUCCAUUUAUGAGUCUGUCCGAGUUCACACAGCCAUGCAGACAGGAAGGACAGAAAGCGACCUUGUUCCAAAUGCUCCUUCACUUGGUACAAAAGAAGGAUAUUUGAUAAAACAAGGCAAAAUAGUCAAGAAUUGGAAGACAAGGUGGUUUACACUGCAUAGGAAUGAACUUAAGUAUUUCAAAGACCAGACAGCCACAGAACCAAUUCGGGCACUUGACUUAACUGAAUGCUCAGCUGUGCAAUUUGACUAUUCCCAGGAAAGAGUCAAUUGUUUCUGUUUAGUGUUCCCGCUAAGGACAUAUUACCUGUGCGCGAAAACUGGAAUAGAAGCUGAUGAGUGGAUUAAAAUACUGCGAUGGAAACUGUCACAGAUACGGAAGCAACUGGAGCAGCGUAAUGCCACCAUCAGCUCCUAG